AUGGCCAAGGUCCCAAGAAACUUUCGUCUACUCGAGGAGCUUGAAAAGGGCGAGAAAGGCCUGGGAGCUGAGGCAUGCUCAUACGGUCUCGCCGACGGAGAUGACAUUACAAUGACCAAUUGGAAUGGAACUAUUCUUGGUCCUCCUCAUAGCGUACACGAGAAUCGGAUAUACAGCGUCAAUAUCCAGUGCGGACCCGAAUACCCCGAUUCACCACCUACUCUACACUUUGUUUCAAAAAUCAACUUGCCCUGCGUUGAUUCACGAACAGGAAAGGUCGAUCUCUCAACUUUACCCACAUUAGCAACAUGGAAGAGGGACUAUACUAUGGAGACCAUCUUGCUGGAGCUCCGCAGAUUUAUGGCGCUACCCCAGCACAAGAAGCUCCCCCAACCCCCAGAAGGCGCCACCUUCUAA